AUGGAAACUAGUGCACUUUUACUGAUUUUUGUUGGUGUUUUGGCCUCGCUUCAAUCUGCCACAGCAGCUCCAAGCAAGCGGAGCGAAAUAGUCGAUGUUUAUCACUUUCAAAGCAGUCAAGACUCUGAUGCACCAGUUGUUUACCACAAGCAAACGCGUGUGGCCAAAAGCGUGAAUUCUAUCAUUGAAAAGGUAGCCAUUUUCUUUGGAACGGGAUUGACAAAGUUGAAGGAUGUCACUACAGGCACCAGGCGGGUGACUCGGGAUGUCUUCUCGGACCUCAGCCAUGGGUCAAUAACUUGCGGUGUCUGCACGACUAUUGUGAUUCUGGCUCAGACCUUGCUGUCUUCAAACAUGUCCGAUGAGCUCAUCAUGGAUUCCGCCUACAAUCUCUGCACCUCCCUCACUAUUCAGACGCCCAGGGUGUGUCGCGGGAUUGUCAAUGAGUUCGCG